CUGCCGCUUUAAACACAAUAACCGCCGCUUCUCUGAGCUGUGAACAAACUGGCUCUAGGUCGACCGGGAUUCCUGCUUAUUCGCCGGAUAACGGACCCUAGAUCCAUCCUGUAUGACUGCUGGGCUGAGUCUCUGACCUCUGACCUCUGAGCUGCGACCCCCUCUUCUGGCCUGUUUGCGUCAGGACCUCUGCUGUGGGCUGCUCUUAUUGAGGCUGAACGGUGUGACAAUGAAGAGGAGGAUGAAGUGUAGAUUUGGCUCAGCUUCACGUGUUGGCAUGUGAGAGGAGGGCAAAGGUCACAACACCUGCCCCACAUGGAUACUGGAGGAUUAUUUCUUCAAAGUCUUGGAUUAUAAGGAAGAGAACUUUUGAUUCCAUAUUUUUUUAAUCAUAAUUUAAAGACUCUAAUUGUGUGGAAUAUUCAUCCCAGAUUUUACAUUUCAGAAAUGCAGAGAGAGAAAUUAGAACAACCCGAAGAGCAUUAAAGAAUUUAAUUUUGAUUAAAGACGUCUUUCUUGUUCUGGAACUUAUUCUACCCACAAUUCACCUUUUUACAUUUUUGUUGGGAGUUCUCACCUGUUGACUUCGAUUCUCUUCUUGGCUGGAGGAAAUGGCUCAGAGUCCUUCAAUACGAGAACUGACGACAGGAAGUUGACUCCUGGAGGGAGCGAGGCUGAGGGACCCAACUGAAGAGAGAGAGAAAGAGAGAGAGGGGAUUAUGUCGUGGAAGAGGAACUACUUUGCGUCAGGCAGCGUAGGGACUGCAGCGGGUGGUGGCGGUGGUGGAGUUGGUGGCGUUGGGAUGUUGACGCCUCGCACCAUGACGUCCAUUGCUCCCAGUAAAGGACUGAGCAACGAGCCGGGACAGAACAGCUGCUUCCUAAACAGCGCCCUGCAGGUUCUUUGGCAUCUUGAUAUCUUCAGACGAAGUUUCCGUCAGCUAACGACUCAUAAGUGCAUGGAGGACUCGUGCAUUUUUUGUGCUCUAAAGAGCAUCUUCGCUCAGUUUCAGUACAGCAGUGAGAAAGUCCUGCCGUCCGAUGCGCUUCGCAGCGCUCUCGCCAAAACCUUUCAGGACGAGCAGAGGUUUCAGCUUGGUAUCAUGGAUGAUGCCGCAGAGUGUUUUGAAAACAUCCUGAUGAGGAUCCACUUCCACAUCGCAGAUGAGACCAAAGAGGACAUCUGCACAGCCAGACACUGCAUUCCACACCAGAAGUUUGCCAUGACACUCUUUGAACAGUGUGUUUGCAGCAGCUGUGGAGCGUCUUCAGACCCUCUGCCCUUCAUUCAGAUGGUUCAUUACAUCUCCACCACCUCCCUGUGUAACCAGGCAGUGAAGAUGCUGGAGUCAAGAGAAAAAGCUACUCCUGGCAUGUUUGGGGAGCUGCUGCGAAAUGCCAGCAUGGGAGACCUGCGCAGCUGUCCAAGUCAGUGUGGUCAGCAGCUCAGGAUGGCUCGUGUCCUCCUCAACAGUCCAGAGAUCAUCACUAUCGGUCUGGUCUGGGACUCCGAUCAUUCCGACCUCGCUGAAGAUGUUAUUCACACGUUGGGAACCUGCCUGCGUCUUGGGGAUUUGUUUUACAGGGUGACAGAGGAAAAGGCUCGUCAGUCAGAGCUCUACCUGGUUGGCAUGGUGUGUUACUACGGGAAACACUACUCCACUUUCUUCUUUCAGACGAAGAUCCGACGAUGGAUGUACUUUGAUGACGCACACGUUAAGGAGAUUGGUCCCAAGUGGAAGGACGUCGUCUCUCGCUGCAUCAAGGGCCACUACCAGCCUCUGCUGCUGCUUUACGCCGACCCCCGUGGGACUCCAGUGUCAGUGCAGGACCUUCCCUCACGCUUUGAUCUUCAACAGCUGAACAAGGCUUGUUACGACAGCGAAGACUCGGGCCGCGAGCAGUCAAUCUCCAGCGACACUCGCACAGAUUCGUCAACGGAGAGUUACUCGUACCGACAGCCCUCCCACUCGCACCAUGAGUCCCUGGCCAGUCACUACUCCUCUGACUCCCAAGGAACCGUCAUCUGCAUCGAGCGCCCCGAUGGACCCCUGCACACCUCGCUCUGCAGCUUGGAUACCUUAGGCCACGUGACGGACAGUGAGCAGCACCAAUCUCUGAGGAAGGGAGGCGGGGCCGGGGAUAGGAGGCGGAGCUCUAGCCGCCACCGCCGAUCUAAACAAGACAACGAAGCCUCGUCUGCCGGUUACCACAGUGAGGGAGAGACUUUGAAGGAGCAGAAGGUUCCCCGCCACCUCCCCAAACCUUCCUCCUCCUUUUCAUCCUCAACCAGUCGCCUGCGAGACUUGAGGGAGACCAUGAGCAACAUCAUCCACAACCGACCCCUCUCCUCCUCCUCCUCCUCUUCUUUACCGGCUGCCGUCCUCUCUGAGAUCACCUCCUCUACCAACAACCACCACCUUGCCAACGUUACUGCUCCUUGCUCCUCUGCCAGUAAACCCCAAGACUGGGAGGCUGACAGCACCAGCAGCGAGUCCAAGUCCAGCUGCUCAGGGGGAGGAGGGUCAGGGAGGUACAGGCCAGCAUGGAGGCCACGUAGAGAGGCGCUCAACAUUGACAGCAUCUUCACAAGAGAGAGGAGAAGACAGGCGGGGUACAGCCCACUCGGAGCUUCCCUGCCAGAGGACAGUGGAGCUGCAACCACUGAGGCGGUAGACGCAUCCCUGCAGAGCCAGAAGAUUGUGGCGUCCGUCAUGCCGGGCUCCUCCUGGACUCUACCUACCUCCUCCAGCAGCCACAGAGCAGGAGGAGUGGAGCUGCCUCCUCCUCCCCCUCCUCCACGGCUGAUCCAAAGGAUGGAGAGCGGAUACGAGAGCAGUGAGAGGAACAGCAAUAGCCCAGUCAGCCUGGAUCUGAACCUGGGAGACAGGGAAUGUGCUGUGAAGAAGGCUCCAUCCUCCUCUUCAUCCUCAGGACCGGCGUGGAAGAACUCGAGGUCAAAGAGCAGUGGCGCUCUGCUGCAGGAGCUCAGCUCCUCCAGCAAGGGGAAACUUGCAACGCCCCCUGCAGGCCGCAGUGAGCUGGACGAGCUGCAGGAGGAGGUGCAGAGGAGGGCAAGGGAGGAGGAGCAGCAGAGACGACAGGAGAAGGAGAGGGAGGCAGCACUUGGCUUCAAUCCUCGACCCAGCAAGUACCUGGACCUGGACCAGCUGCAGAUCCAGGGUAAAGGCGACAGCUUUGAACGAUGCGUGUCGGAGGCGGAACUUCUGCUGGACCAGUCUGUGCGUCUGGAACAGGCGGGGGAAGUUGCAGCGGCACUAUCAGCUGUUAACGAAGCAGUCUCCAAACUGCAGCUGCUGGCGGCUGAGAGUGGAGCUAGUAGUCACAGCCGGCUGCAGCGCUGCAUGAGGAGAGCACGCAGUCUGCAGCAACGCAUGCAAAUGCUGCAGCAGAAACAGCAGGACUCAGAGGCAGGCACACAACAACCAGAGCAACAACAGGAGGAGGAGCAGCAGCUCCAGGAACAGCCAAGUGAAAAGCCUCUCCCGCUCCAAAUACUUCUGACUGAGGGACAGGGGGACCAAUCAGCUGCCAAACUGGACCAGCAGGCCCCACCUCUCUCUUCCUGCCUUCUCAAGCCCCUUCUUCCUGGCUCAGUUGGCUCCAGCUCCAGCAUUGGUGCCGCUACAGGUUCAUCCAGAGAAGAGAGCAGAACCAGAGGUCCUUGCUCUCGCUUUGGAAAACCUCUCGCCAGCACUGGAUCUCUCCCAGCUGUGUGUGUGGACCCACUGGAGCAGACUGAAGACUUUGCUCCACGGCCUCCACCUGAGGAGGAGGAACUCCCUGCGAAAUGGACCAGAACAGCCCCUGUGCCCAUCCCAACAAGGGAAACCCCACAGCACAGGCCCUACUCACAAACCCCAUCACCUGUUGGUUCCGGGGACAGGUGUCGUCUGAUGAAGGAGGAGGAGGAGGAGGAGGAGAGUUACACUUACCCUCAGAUCACACACCCCCAAAUCUCCAGACCAGCCCUGCCUCCUUCUGCUAACACAACCAGGAACUGGACCUGCCUAAACCUCGACCAUUCUGAUGUUGUCGAUUCCCCUGUUGACCAACCAAUCAGCUCUUAUUCCCCACCAGAGUCCCCCUCCAUUGCCCCCCCACCGCCUGUGAGCCGACCCAGUCUGAACCCUUCCAUACCCCCAACUCAUGAGUACAGAGCAACCAUGCCUGUGGAGCGAUGGGCAGAGAACGUCAACAGAUACUAUGGCUCCCAGAAUGCAGCAGGAGGAGGGGGAACAAUGCCAGAUGAGGAGUUGUCAGAGCUGGACUCUCUGUACCAGGCCAGUCUGCUUGCUCCCAGCAUGCACCGGGGCAGCAGCAGAGGAGUAAGUCCUCAGCCAGCCACAAACAAACCAGGUGUGAGGAGGAUGCUGUCAGGAUUUGGACGUUCAAAAACACCAACAGCUGAGAUUGAGAGAUACGCCUACAGAACACCAGUUACACCUACUCAUAAGGUGUCGCAUGAGGACGAGAACUACAGCGCAGAAAACCUCAGACGAAUCGCUCGCAGCCUGAGUGGAACCGUCAUUGGGUCGCGUCCCCAAAACAUUGGCCCCUCCCGCAGCUGCGAACCCUCUGUCCCCAGACCCCCACUCAGACAAGCAGACCAUCACUCCUCCUCCCUCCUCCGUCGCCCCAGCACCUCAUCCCUACACUUCCCCUCCUCCUCCACUUCCUCCUCCUCCUCCACCUCCUUCACUGCAGAUCACUCCCACCACCUCCAACACCACCAACCCCGACACCACGGCCCCUCAGCUCCUGCACCUCCACCACAGCAUCCCCCCAUGCAGACUUCACGGCCCCCGAGCUCAGGCCUCUCCUCCUGGGGACACUCAGGACCUGGAUCAGGAGUCCAGCAGCAGUUUCUGGCUGUGUCUGACAGGCAUCAGGCUCUCUCAGGUCAAAGCCUCCACAGUGUCGCGAUGAGUUACGGCACCCUGCCCAGGGCUCCUCGAAGAGCUCCACCUCCCUCCUCCACUGCCUCCCUUCCUCGACCCCGUACAAGCUCCGGUCCGGCACCCCCUCCAGGUCCACAAAGUCUCUAUGCCACCCUCUCCCACCCUCGCCACUCUGCCAACACUAAUGGCCACUACAGACAACCAUCGCUGCCCAGUAAAAUCAACGGAUCUUCUUGCUAUGCUCCACACCCCAUUAGGGUACAUGGGGAGGGCCCCUCCCAGCCACUCCGUCUCGAUGUGCCCCCUGAGACCGAUUGGCGUAGGGAGGCAGACUACAGGACUGUCCAGCCCAGCUCCUCCAGGGACCCCCGCACUGCUCACCUCCACCACCCCCUCCAGCGGUCCAUUUCGCACCAGCUCCCUAACACCCGGCCCCGCAGGGACCCCCACCUCUGCUCACUGUGCCAGCAGCUUCCUGCUGAGCCGUCACGCUCCUACUGUGCGUCCUGUGGUGCUUAUGUGGCUCGGUUCCGCCCAGUCAGCUGAUCGGGACUAAGGCUUUUACUAACAACCAUUCUGCAAACACCAAGAUAGAAGAGUUUCAAUUAACAUGUAAGGGAUAUAAUUUUUUUUUUUUUUUGUUUAUAAAUCGUGCCAAUACAUCAGUAUAGCCUCUUCUGAUUGUGAGGCCCUGCCCCCUUCUGGUUGGUGGAGACCUCACUGUGGAAUAAGCUCUCUGAUUGGUCUGCAGCUUCAUCCAAGGAAACCAAACUUUAGCAAAAACUCUCCUAAUUCAGUUUAAUCACUUUAGUUUCCAACUCUAGAAGCAGUCACCUCAACACAAACUGAGAUUCUCUACAAUCCGCUGGCUCCUCCACACUCUGGACCCACUUGCCAACCUGCACAUGCACACAAACAAUCUCACAAAGACAGAACUAUAAACAGAAUCCGUCGAUGAAUGUCUACUGGAUUAAAGCACAUGAAGAUUUAUAACAGAGAAAAGCACGAGGACACAGACACUGAAUGCAACACAUGCAGUUGAGAGCGGUCAAUACCUGCAGUCUGUUUAACUUUGCACCUUCAGUCUGAUCAAAAUACUGACACACAAGACAUGCAGGAUGCUUUAGGUAAUUAUUUUAUGAGUUGGAUAAUGAAAAGUAAGGAAAAAUAAGCUUGUUUAGACAGAACAACAAACAUUGUUAUUUUCGGAAAUAGUUUAAUAAAUCCAGGUUGUUUAUGACAGCAAACUGAACGUAUUUGAGUGCUUGACUGUUGGUUGGGAAAAUAGCUGCAUUUUUCUGACAUUAUUAAGCCCAGAAAUAAACCAGGGCUGCAAGCAGCACUGAAUGGCCCUUGCACCUUGGCGCAUGUCGGGGUGUGUCACAGCUGCCACAGCUAGGUGUUCAUAAAUCAUGCAGUGUGCUGCAGUACAGCAGAGAGACCAUGUAGACUCUCCUAGGAAAGUAAAAAAUCAAAAAUAAUGAGCAUGUGGCACAAUGACAAAGCCAGACACUAAUGCAUAGGCACUAGGCACUACCAAAUGUGAUCAGGGCAGGAUUCAUAUUUGUCAUAUAAAAUUUAAAGAAGAUUAUACAUUCAGUGUUACAGGUGAUGCUAGGAUUGGGCUUAAUUCACUUUUUAAUACCAUCAUACCCUCCUCAAAUUUUACCGGAGUAUACGGUAUUACUGCCAGUUGUUUAAAAACCACAUAAUAUGGGCACUUCUCGGCGUGCACGUUCAAUAACAGUGAGCAGAGCACGUACCUCUACAGGCGCUUCCUUCUUACAUUUAACAAAAUGCUAGUUGAAAAAUUAGAGAGAAACUACAAUUGAUCCUCUGCCAUAAUGUUGCUCUUUUUUUACCUAAGUUUAGAAGGUGCCAAAGAUCGCAAGGGGUAGGAUGUUUCGUCUGCUUCUGGGUUUUCAAAAUUCGAUUUGCACUUACAAACUAAAAUCAUGAUGAAACACUCAUUAAAUUGUUUAUACCAAAGACUUUUGGCAAGAAAGAGUUUUUAGACCUAAUCUGUUGAGGUAACAUGAAUUAAUGUUAAUCUUUUGACAGCAGUAGAUCAGUUUUUUCUGUGGUUUUUGGAUAGCUCUGUCUUUUUCUUUAUAAAAAAAAGGGGUGAGCAAGAUAGCAACCACUUUUUAUUUAAAAAAAAAACAUUCUCCCAAGGUCAGGGAUAAAAUACUCUCAUCUCUGGUUCUUAAAUGUAGAAAAUGACUGAUGGUUAAGACACAGAAAUGUGUAUUUUUUGUCAGGCUGUGAAUAAUCGUACUGAAGCAGGUUUAUUUUCCUCAUGUCAUGUUUUGGAGUUAAGAAGUGAUAAUAUGUAGAAUAAUUCUGAUUUUGAAUUACAGACUUUAUGUGUCCCGGCAUGCUCUGCACCCAUCCUUCAUGUUGUUUUUGGGUGAUAUUUAGGCCAACCUUGAUGAAAACAUCCAAGCAGUUCUGUUGUGUUAUACGGCUUGUCAGGUUUGCACGAGUUCAAAUUUAGCAGACACUUAAGUUAAAAGGGUCUUUGUGCAGGUAGAGAUGUAGAUUUAUGGACAGCUUGGAGUGGCUUCUAAAUAUUUCUCCAGUCUGAUUUUUAUCUGAAAUAGAAAGUUAACUAAGUUAACUACAAACCAGUUCUGCAAAAAAUGUAUAUUCCAGCUGUGGGUACAUUAUUCAUUUUAUUUGUAUAAUAAUAUGAUUUAUGAGCAUUAGCUGUGAAUAGAAAUACUUUGGGGUCAUUCUGAUGAAUAUAUUAGUGUAUAUAUAUAUCACAGGAUUUAAUGAUGAACAUUUAAAAGAUGUUGAACAUUUUGAUAGAGCAAAGUGUGCUUUCCUUUUAAACUGUUACAGCUGAGUGUAGUUGUUGUUUGAAAGUCUUCAUUAUUUUUAUCGGUUGUUGUUGUGUCUUUUUUUUUUUUUUUUCUUUUUUUUUUUUCAACCAACAGUCCAAAAUACAAACAUGUUCAGUUUGCUGUUAUGGAAAACAAGUACUGAGGAUCUUUUUUUUUUUUUUGGAUCUCAAAAGGACUUUAAACAACAGAACGAUCACAAAUGUAGGCAGAUAAAUUUUGCAGACAGAUGUAGGCAUAGUGAGCAAUAUUUCCUCAUCUCUUCAGCUUCAGUGUGUCACAUUUGAUCUUUGGGUGUAAAGUUAAGCUGAUGUUACUGGGGUACAGCUGCAGCAUUUGUUUAAAAUAUGUUUUAUUUGCCAGUUAUAAAAUGUAUUUUAUACCUAUGAGGUUUACCCUCAGAGCUGCACAAAUCUAAACAGAAAGUGAAGGAUGUGAAGACACGACAGGAUGUAGAAAAGCUCUUUUCUUCAGUGUCUUUCUAUAUAAAUCUCCUCUACUUAUUACUCUAUUUAUUUUUGUAGGCUUGUUGACUGAGUCAUGCGUAUAUUAACAAAUUAUUCUACCUGGCUAACCUGAAUAUACUCUCUAUAGACCUCAUCUAAUUUUCUAAAGCUAGUUAGUUGCCUGGUUUGGGAUGUGAAGCCUUCUUGUAUUCAUUAGAAGAUUUUAGAUUAAUGACUAAAGCUUUUAUUUUGAUGGAGUUGCAGCUAAUAUUUAGCAUGAUGUUUUCAGACAUAUAAUAGCCUUGAGAGAAUCACUCAACUGUGUGUACAUUUAUUGUAAUGUCGAUGAUAUAUGCAGAUCUUUUUUAGUGCAGCGGCUUGGCUGCAUGUAACUCGACUUUAGUGCACUUCAGAAGUGUUGACCAUAGUUUUCUUUCUGUGCUUGUUGCUUGUUUUAUUUUGACAUCUCUCCCGUUGUUCAGGGAGACGCUUCCUGUUUCAUUUAAGGACUCUUGAGUUUGGUUUUAUCAUGAAGGAAAAAAAGCAUCAUCAUGUUUGAUAUAAGAUCUGUUUGACUGCCAAGAACCCACCCGGCUCACCUGGUGUUAAAGGUGAGAAAAACAAACAAACCCACGUCUGGUCUGCUGAUAAUAUAAACAACAUUUAUUACAAUUAUGAAGACUUGUUUAAUCAGUUUGGAUAUCAUGAUUCAUUUGCUCCAAAACUUCCUGUGCUGUUAAAUCAACAGGAUGCCGUCUUUUCAGAAUAAAAGCUCUGACCAGACCUGAGUUCAUUAUAUUAAUAAUCAUACUGGUGAAUUAAAAUUAAUUAAUUCACAUGGAAAGAAAUUAUUUUUUCAACAUGUUAAAGUUUUGUUUUUCUUUUUGACAUGUUUUGCUUUGCCAGAUUUUAUUUUGUUGAUUUUGGUAUAUUUUUGAUGCUUAUUUUUCUACACUGUAGACCUAACAGAGAAGAUAAGAUGAUUAAAUUGUUUA